AUUCGUCAGGGAAAUAAACACGCGCCAUUGGAGGAUGUAAUUAGGCCUUUCGACAUCAGUCAGCUGUGCAGCUUUAAUAUUCAAAUAACGACGAUGCCUAAGUUUUGCGCGCUGUUUUUAUUUUUACUAACUUUAGAUGUUGGAAUUGCCCAAGACACCAUCUUGACUGGCGGUCCGGAGCCUCUUUUCAGGUCAAUCACUCCAAAAGAUCCGAAGACUUUCAACCAGAAGGGCUACGCGAAGAUUGCUAACAAACUGAAGCCGAAAUUGGACUUCAAACCAACAGGAAAACGCCCAGCGGACAAAAACGCUGGCUCCAACGAUGAGGUUGGUGGGACGACUGUCGGCCUAGAGACACAAAUUAUCGGAGGGACCAAGGCCAGGAGAGGUCAGUUUCCCUGGCAAGCGAAAUUAGAGAUAGACGGAGCGUACAUGUGUGGCGGGUCGCUAAUUGACCCAUCGUGGGUUCUGACGGCGGCCCACUGUGUGUUAGGGUUCUCAACGUGGAACGUUUCUCUUGGAAUGGUCAAGAUUUCAAGAAAUAUUGCCGGAAGGGUAGACCUGCUUACAACCGAGGCGUACGCCCAUGAAAAUUACUCUGACCAAACUCUCGUCAACGACAUCGCUCUUUUGAAACUUCCAAAGGCAGUUAGUUUAACAAAAUUUAUUCAACCUGUGCGACUUCCGAGCGUUAGCGACGCAACCAGAACAUUCUUGAAAACAAAGUGCAUCAUAAGCGGCUGGGGAAAAGUUGGCAACGAUAAAGGAACUAGUGAAGAUUUGAAGUUUCUCAAACGAGAAAUUGAAGAUAGCAUAGAAUGCGUGAAGUAUUUUGGAUCCGACACAGUGACAGACUCAACAUUGUGCAUAAAGAACGCCGACAAGCAGAGCACCUGUCAAGGAGACAGUGGCGGCCCAUUUGUUCUCAGGGAGAAAGAUAGAAAAUACACUCAGUUCGGAUUGGUCAGCUUUGGAUCGUCACAAUCAUGCACAGGCUUCCCAGGUGGAUUUACCAGAGUGUCAAGCUUCCUGGGAUGGAUAUCAGAAAAAACACAAUUGGCAGUACGCAAAUAAGACAAAAAUUGUUAACCAUAUGUAUUUGCUCUUGAUUUUUAAUGCAUUAAAAUUUCACAAAAGUUAAUCAUGGCAAACAAA